AUGGCUUCGCAGCAACGAUCCGUUGCUCAUAUGACCGCAAACAUGGGUGCUAGUGAAUCCAGGAUCAGCAAUAGCGAUGUGCGCAAGUGUAUAGACGCUAUAGAGGACGAGCUAUUGUCAGGAGACUACAGUGACGGGGUGACACCGGAUAGUGCUAUCAUGUGCCUUAGAACUAUAUACUCUGCAGCUGAGAAGGGUGGUGGUAGUGUCAUUACCUCGCCACGACCCGCGGGUCACCCUGACGACCCGGACCGCGACCCGGACCGCGACCCGGACCACGGAGGUUCUUGGGUCGUCAGCCCCUACCCUGACCCUCCAUAA